ACAAUGUUUUUUAAGGAAAUGAAAACUUAUCAGUUUUUCACUUUCAUGGGGUUCGAGUAAUAACAUGUUCAACUACUUAAGACAUUGGCUCGAAUCUAAGUUGUGUCUUUAGAUUUCUAGAAAACUAAUAACCAAGGAAGAUUGUUAACUUCUCUCAUUGACUUCUCAAAAAACGGCCUAGUCAAUUUGGUGUUUCGCAAGAGUUCUAAUAAGUUUCGCUUCUGAACUUUUUUUGAUUCCUCAAUUCCCUUUGGUCCUAAACGAAGCAAGAAUAGCAACAACCAGUCAGUAUAAUUUCGAAACUAACGUUAUCCAUAUCAAGCUUAGGCUAUAAAUCGCCAAAAGACUUGGUAACAAAUCAUUUUGAAAAUAUAGAAUUAAGGCAGAUACUAGUCAGGUAGGAGAUUCCUUGAUAACGUUAGCUGCGCUCGGUUGGUCUGCUCCAAACUAUUGUGGCGAUUGUAAAUAUUGCAUCAAGAAAUCAAACAGGUCACUGAUAGCAUACAACAGUUUGCGUUUCGCACGUCCUUUUUUAUUUUGACAACUCACAUUUCUUCGAAAGGCAAUGUCUAGAAUGCUGAGCAAGGAUCUUCCAGAUAUCGAGAAUAUCCUGGCCCUGAACCCCCGGGUGAAGAGCCAUGCUGAUAUCUGCUCCACCUCUGCUAAGAAAGUAGAGAAGAAGCACUGGAAAAGAAACCCAGAGAAAGGCUGUGAUAGCUGCGUGACGCUGGAGAACAAUUUUGAUGACAUCAAACACACAACUCUGAGCGAGCGCGGAGCACUUCGGGAAGCAAUGAGGUGCCUGAAAUGUGCAGAUGCCCCAUGUCAGAAAAGUUGCCCUACCAACCUGGACAUCAAGUCAUUCAUUACCAGUAUUGCCAACAAGAACUACUAUGGGGCGGCGAAGUCGAUCUUGUCAGACAACCCCCUAGGCCUGACUUGUGGCAUGGUGUGCCCGACCUCUGACCUCUGUGUGGGGGGCUGUAACCUCUACGCCUCUGAGGAAGGACCAAUCAACAUCGGGGGGCUCCAGCAGUUCGCCACUGAGAUCUUUAGUAAGAUGGGCAUUCCUCAAGUGAGGAACCCAGCUCUCCCUCCUCCAGACCAGAUGCCUAACAGCUUCCACUCCAAGAUCGCUCUGAUUGGCUGUGGCCCGGCCAGCAUCAGCUGUGCUUCCUUCCUGGCUCGCCUUGGCUACGAUGACAUCACCAUAUUCGAAAAACAGAAGUGGAUCGGCGGACUGAGCUCUGCGGAGAUCCCUCAGUUCAGGCUGCCAUAUGAGGUAGUGCACUUCGAGGUGGAGCUGAUGAUGGAUUUGGGCAUCAAGGUGGUGUGUGAGAAAGCCCUGGGCCAGGACGGGUUGACUCUGCUCUCUCUGAGAGAUGAAGGUUACAAAGCUGUCUUUAUCGGCAUUGGUCUUCCACAGGCUAACAGACAUAAAAUAUUUGAGGGGCUGACGAUCGAACAAGGCUUUUACACGUCAAAGGAUUUCCUACCGUUGGUCUCCAAAGCCAGCAAAACAGGGAUGUGUAACUGCAAGUCUUCCCUGCCGGAGCUGCGUGGCACGGUGAUUGUUCUGGGUUCAGGAGACACAGCUUUCGACUGUGCCACUUCUUCCCUGCGCUGCGGUGCCAAGCGGGUCUACGUGGUGUUUAGGAAAGGCUUCACCAACAUCAGGGCUGUCCCCGAGGAGAUGGAGCUGGCCAUGGAAGAGAAGUGUGAGUUCAUGCCCUUCCUGUCCCCUCGUGAGGUCAUCAUGAAGGCGGGUCGCUUGGCGGGAAUGGAGUUCUGUCGUACGGAGCUGACAGACGAAGGUGAUUGGAUGGAGGACGAGGAUCAGAUCAUACGCCUCAAGGCCGAUUACAUCAUCAGUGCCUUCGGAUCCAUGUUGAGCGACCCCAAAGUGAAAGAGGCCAUGGCUCCGGUGCGGUUGAACCGCUGGGGUCUCCCAGAGCUGGACCCAGAGAGCAUGCAGAGCAGUGAGUCCUGGGUGUUUGCUGGGGGCGACGUGGCGGGACAGGCAAACACCACCGUGGAGUCAGUCAACGACGGCAAACAGGCAUCUUGGCACAUGCACAAGUACCUACAGUCUCUCCACGGCCAGACGGUGUCCAGCGUCCCCCAGCUCCCUCUCUUCCACUGUGCCAUCGACUCUGUGGACAUCGGUGUGGAGAUGUGUGGGAUCAGGUUCCCCAACCCCUUUGGCCUGGCCUCCGCUCCCCCCACCACCAGCACAGCCAUGAUCCGCAGGGCCUUCCUGGAAGGAUGGGGCUUCGCUCUCACCAAGACCUUCUCUCUGGACAAGGACUUGGUGACCAACGUGUCUCCUCGCAUCGUGCGUGGGACGACCUCAGGCCCCAUGUUCGGUCCGGGACAGAGCUCCUUCCUCAAUAUCGAGCUGAUCAGUGAAAAGACUGCAGCCUACUGGUGCCAGAGUGUUACCGAGCUCAAAGCUGACUUCCCCAACAAGGUCAUUAUCUCCAGUAUAAUGUGCAGCUACAACAAAGCUGACUGGACAGAGCUUGCCAAGAUGGCAGAGGCCUCAGGAGCUGAUGCCUUGGAGUUGAAUCUGUCUUGCCCACAUGGUAUGGGGGAGAGGGGCAUGGGACUGGCCUGUGGGCAGGAUACAGAGUUGGUGCGUAACAUCUGCCGCUGGGUGAGACAAGCUGUCCAGAUCCCCUUCUUCGCCAAACUGACCCCAAACGUCACCAACAUUGUGGAUAUAGCCAUGGCAGCACACGAAGGUGGUGCAGAUGGCGUCACAGCAACCAACACGGUAUCUGGGCUGAUGGGGCUCAAGGCAGACGGCACUCCUUGGCCUGGCAUUGGCCGUGGCAAGAGAACCACAUAUGGCGGCGUGUCUGGAAAUGCCAUCCGGCCCAUCGCCCUGCGUGCUGUAUCCGCCAUCGCCAAAACCCUGCCUGGCUUUCCCAUCCUGGCCACUGGGGGCAUCGACUCAGCGGAGUCUGGUCUCCAGUUCCUUCAUGCUGGAGCUUCUGUCCUGCAGGUUUGCAGCGCGGUGCAGAACCAGGACUUCACUCUGAUCGAGGACUACUGCCUGGGUCUAAAGACCCUGCUCUACCUGAAGAGCAUCGAGGAGCUACAGGACUGGGAUGGCCAAUCACCUCCCACAUUGCGCCACCAGAAGGGCAAACCUGUCCCGCGACUGGAGGAACUGGUGGGCAAGAGUUUACCCAGCUUUGGACCCUAUCUGCUUGAGAAGAAAAAGGUUUUGGCCGACUACAAGAAAGCAGUGAGAGACUACGUUGAGAAGACCACAGUAGUGGAGGCCAAUGGCACCAGAACGUACACCCCCAAGAGACCAGUCUCAGCUGUCAAGGAUGUUAUAGCCAGGGCUCUGAAGCACAUCGGUGCGUACGGGGAGCUGAACAACACAGAGCAGGUCGAGGCUGUUAUAGAUGAGGAAAUGUGUAUCAACUGUGGCAAGUGCUACAUGACCUGCAAUGACUCUGGGUACCAGGCUAUUUCGUUUGACCCUGAGACCCAUUUCCCUAUAGUUAACGACAGCUGCACCGGCUGCACUCUCUGUCUCAGUGUCUGCCCUAUCAUCGAGUGCAUCAAAAUGGUUACCAGGACAACACCGUAUGUGCCCAAGAGAGGCCUGCCUCAAGCCGUCAUGCCCGUAUGCUGAAACUAAAGGAUGGGGAGAAAAAAAAGAAGAAACAAUAACGUCCACCAAUGUCUGUUUGACAACAUUGAUUCCUCUGCUUUGUAAUUGUGCUGUGAAAAAUUACCUUGAUUAUAUGAAAAUAAUUAUUAGUGUGGAUAAAUAAUUGCCUUAUAUAUUCCCAAGCCAAUUAUCUACAAAUAAUCAACCGGGUGGCAAAACGUGGCAUUAUUUCUAAACAAUGGUGGUGUGGGGAUGUGUUGUUGUUUUUGUCGUUGAGUUUUUUUUCUCUUCCCCGUUGUGUCAAGGCUGUGAUAAUGAGAGUGAAGGUGGAAGAGAAGAGGGGAGGAAGAGAAAGGAGGGAGGGAGGAAGAGAAAGGAGGGAGGAAGAGAGAGGAGGGAGGAAGAGAAAGGAGGGAGGAAGAGAAAGGAGAAAGGAAGAGAGAGGAGGGAGGAAGAGAGAGGAGGGAGGAAGAGAAAGGAGGGAGGAAGAGAGAGGAGGGAGGAAGAGAGAGGAGGGAGGAAGAGAAAGGAGGGAGGAAGAGAGAGGAGGGAGGAAGAGAAAGGAGGGAGGAAGAGAGAGGAGGGAGGAAGAGAAAGGAAAAUAAUGGAUGUUUAUGCGUCUGGGCUCUAUCUGACAAACUGACGCACCAAUGCUACAUUUCCUAACAAGCUGCGUGGAUGGCAGUCGGACCACAAGCCCAGAGCUAUGAAAUUAGACAUUAUAUGUUGGGAGGGAUAAUCAGAAGGAUCAGAAGUUGUAAUGAACAGAGAUGAAUAGGUGAUCGUGACAGCCUGAGGUAUUCCACCUGUGAAUGUCCAGACAAUCUCCUCUCUCUCAUACCAUAUCAGAACUGGAGGUCAUUGUUUCAUGUUUAUCAAGCACUGCAUCUGUUUAGUUUGGUUCCUCCAAGUGUUAGCUACAAGCCAGCUUUACUUUUAGUUUAACUUGCCAUGCACUCCCAGUGUUAGCUACAAGCCAGCUUUACUUUGAGUUUAACUUGCCCUGCACUCCCAGUGUUAGCUACAAGCCAGCUUUACUUUGAGUUUAACUUGCCCUGCACUCCCAGUGUUAGCUACAAGUCAGCUUUACUUUUAUUUUAACUUGCCCUGCACUCCCAGUGUUAGCUACAAGCCAGCUUUACUUUUAGUUUAACUUGCCCUGCACUCCCAGUGUUAGCUACAAGCCAGCUUUACUUUUAGUUUAACUUGCCUUGCACUCCCAGUGUUAGCUACAAGCCAGCUUUACUUUUAGUUUAACUUGCCCUGCACUCCCAGUGUUAGCUACAAGCCAGCUUUACUUUUAGUUUAACUUGCCCUGCACUCCCAGUGUUAGCUACAAGUCAGCUUUACUUUUAGUUUAACUUGCCCUGCACUCCCAGUGUUAGCUACAAGCCAGCUUUACUUUGAGUUUAACUUGCCCUGCACUCCCAGUGUUAGCUACAAGUCAGCUUUACUUUUAUUUUAACUUGCCCUGCGCUCCCAGUGUUAGCUACAAGUCAGCUUUACUUUUAGUUUAACUUGCCUUGCACUCCCAGUGUUAGCUACAAGCCAGCUUUACUUUGAGUUUAACUUGCCUUGCACCCAAGCUUAGAAUGUAUUCUACUAUUACUACUAAUACUAUUUGCAUCUGUCUGUGGUUAUGUGGAUUACACAUUGAUUGUGUUAACUGUUUUUUUUGUGUGUUUUUUGACCAUUUCUCUUGAUUUGGGUGUGUAAUUGUGAAAUCGGGGAUCUUUGUUGUAUUACGGGCCAGGGGUUGUUGUAACUAAAAGGUCAGAUCUUCCUGUGGCUGUUUCCAGUUCAAUAGAUAUGAAGAAUAGCUGUGAUUCACUGGGAGCUCACUAAAGGUCAGCUGUGACUAGUCUCAUCACAAUAAGUACCUGCUACUCGCCCAUGGUUAAUGUAUACCUACACUACCGUUCAAAGGUUUAGGGUCACUUAGAAAUCUCCUUGUUUUUGAAAGAAAAGCACAUUUUGUCCAUUUAAAAUAACAUCAAAUUGGUCAGAAAUACAAUGUAAACAUUGGUAAUGUUGUAAAUGGCUGAAAACGGCAGCUUUUUUAAAUUGAAUAUCUACAUAGGUGUACAGAGGCCCAAUAUCAGCAACCAUCACUCUUGUGUUCCAAUGGCAUGUUGUGUUAGCUAGUACUGUAUGUCAUUUUAAAAGGCUAAUUGAUCAUUAGAAAGCCCUUUUGCAAUUAUGUUAGCACAGCUGAAAACUGUUGUUCUGAUUAAAGAAGCAAAUAAAAUGUCCUUCAUUAGACUA